CUAAAGGUAUUUUUAUUCACUCAUACAUGUCUUCAAUUUCUUCUAUGCUCACCAAUUAUGUUUGCACAAACUUUAUGUGGGACUUAUGUAAAAUGUACCUCCAACUGAACUUUCUUGGUUGUUUUGUUACAUAUUCUAAUGCAGUUAGUUGUGUUCUUAUCCCAUGAAUUUAAGUUGAAAGUUUAAUUGAAAUCAAGGUUGUUAAAUUUAUGUUCUGUCAUUAUUUGUUAAAGUGAUUUCGUAUUGCAUGUACUAUAGAGAUGAAUAACUAUUGCAGGCUUUCUUGUAUGAUACUCACCAAGCUAAUGCAUUCGGGAUGUUAUUCAACAGCUUGUGCAUGUAUGCAUUUAGCUUCACUUAAUUUUCUUUUUUAUUCUUGAUCCUCAACCUCAGCAAGUUAAUAAAUUUUAUGUAUACAAAUGUCUAGAACUACUUAGUUUGUUACGAUAGAAUUGAAUCCGAUAUUUUAAUGACUCGCAACAAUUUGACUUGGUCAGAGGUCAUUGAUCUUCUAUCUAGAUCUGUUUCUUUAUUGAAAUGGUAGUGAUGGUUAAUUGGAAUAAUUAAGUUUGAUAAUUGCCUUUAGUUGCUUGUUUUGGAAAUGAGAAGGAAUGGAAGGAAGCAAGAAAAUUGGUUUCCAACCUUUACAAGUAUAAAGAUGCAAAAUUUGGCUUUUGUUGGCAGCGUAUCAUUUGUUUUUGGUAAAACAGGGAAAAUGGAAUUCAGAAAACAAUGAGCUGAAAUUGGUAAUUUGGGCAUCAAUACUGAUUUAGAUUUAAUAUGUUCACGAUCAAUUUUGAUUUCCUCAAUCUCCCGCUCAAAUUGAACUUUAAUAAUUUCUAGUUUAUUUUGCUUUGGUAUUCAAAAUGUAUGCUUACUUAUGGAUGAUCUGCAUGUUGUUGGUGCAUGUUUGUCUUUCAACGAACAAACGUACCUAUCCUGUUUUCCAUUAAUGUAAUCAUGCUCCAGGGAGCAGCAAACAGGAAGGUAGCUGCCACUAAUAUGAAUCUAGCAAGUAGCCGUUCUCAUAGUGUGUUUACAUGCAUCAUUGAAAGUAAGUGGGAAUCCCAAGGGGUAACUCGUCACCUGUUCACUCGAGCCAGUUCUGAAAGGCAGAAGAGUUCUAGUGCUAAAGGUGAACGUUUGAAGGAAGCUACUAAAUUCAAACUACUAGUAUCAGGUAUGAGCUGCUAUCUUAUUUUAUUGGGAGGGAGUAUUUUAUCCAUGGUUAUGAUUUAAUAUAUGCUCUUUCUACUGAUGUUGUUUCAAGCUUGGUUGCUGUAAGAAAGAAAGCUUCUUAAGACGAAAUCCAAGAUACUAGAAAUUUUCUAAUAUAAAGAUAUGGGCGGCACAAGCUGGGUGUUGAUGUAAUUGAAUUAACCCAUGAUGGUGCAUUCGCAAGAAGAUAUUUGGGUAAAUUUUGUACCUUUAGAACUUAAA